UGUUUUGAAUUUUGAUCUCUUGGGUCUGUCCCGAGUGCCAGUCAAUCCAUGAUCCUCCAUAAUGGAUCACCCGCUGAUCCGCAUCCGACGGUCGACUGAGGGGACAGGCAAUGAGACACGAGCGAGCACCGGUGUCCCUAGCACAUCAGCGCUUCCUGCAACUGCGUUUUCACAUUCGGUUGCUGGAGAGCUUGGACGCCGUGCAGUCCCGUUCUGCCUGAGCGUGGCUGUGUGUUUGUUAAUGCGUGAGUAAUGUCGCGCUGUCUGACGUUCGCUAGAGAUCUCUCUGAAGAUUUCUCUUCUUGCAGUUAUCAUAUGGAGCCUGUGCAAGACAGAAAUCUCUUAUGGCGUCAAUCAUUUGCAAGAACUGCCGACGCAUGAGACUCGUCAGGGGGAGCUGACAGCAAUCGCGCUACCAGAAGGAAGGUUCCUGGCAAUAUUUCGAUUUAACAGCAACGAAUGCAUCGAUGUGUACUUCUCCGAACGCCGGAUUCUUCUCGCGAAAUGCGGAUUCAUUACCUUGGGAGAAACGACGUGGACCAACGCGACAUUCGUGUACUUCGCCGACCGAGCCAUCCAUGCAGUCUGCUCGCGAGAUCAUGGAACGGAUGGUUCCGUCGAACCCAGUCUGCUGCGGAUCUAUUAUGACAAUGGGAUUAUGGAUCUGCUCGUGCGCAAGAUACAUCAGGCGUCCUGGGAUGGAUUAGCGUACGCUUCAGCAGCUGAACCCGAGGGUCUGUACGUCUGGGCGAAGGGGAUUGCUCACAUUCACAACGGAAGUCUUGACGGUCAAGUCAAGUGCCUGGUGGACGGAGUUGCGUCAUCUCCCUUGAUACUGUCCCAGGAGAUCGCACUCUGCCCGUUUUCUCAAGCAAACGUCACAUAUUCUGCAUGUGGCUGUCUCGACAUUCCCGUCACGCUAUCACUACAAGGUGCACCUUUACCUUCCGUAGCUUCCGUCUGUACGCUCAAUUACACGCUCAAUUCGACGAGCUUGGCUUCUGGUGAGGCACCCCAUGGAACCAACCACAGUCAACCCCGCCGAAGCGGACACCUUGUUCUCCAGAGAGGGAAUUCUCAUAUCAGCACAUCCAGCGACAACCCCCUUGUGAAGCAGUAUUACCUGUGUGCAUGCACUAUGGUCCUGGACAGCGCGAAGUUCAUGCAGGAGUGGCUGCUUUACCACGGGUUUCUGGGUGUGGAGCAUUUCUUUGUGUAUGACAACGGCAGUGAAGAUGGACUUCAGGGGUCCAUUGAAGGAGCUCAGGAGGCUGCUCGUGCAAGAGGCUUUGAGUUUUCAGUUGCAAUUCGCAGCUGGCCCUGGCUCAAGUCACAGGAAGGCGGUUUUUCUCAUUGUGCUCUACAGGCCAGAAAGCUCUGCACGUGGGUCAUGUUCAUAGACGUGGAUGAGUUUGUCUUCCCGGCACGGAUGGUGACGAAGAGAAUGAAGACACAGAGGCUCGUUGCAGCUGGAAACCAGUAUGCAUCCCUUCUCCACAAAUUUGUGAAAGGUCUGGCAAAGGAGCAUGCUGGAGCAGGGAUGGCAACGGGUAGAAACGCGUCUUGCCAGAAGGUUGGGCAGAUUGCUCUACCCUGCCUUUCUUUUGGUCCAUCAGGUCACCGGAGGCACCCAGAAGAGGGGGUAAUCGCUGGGUACACCUGCAGGCUGGAGCUUCCUGAUCGCCACAAGUCGAUUAUCCUGACGGAAGCUAUUGCUCCUCCAUUGCACAAUGUGAUACACCACUUCACAAGCUUGGAACAUCGAUUCUGCACACUGAAUUUGGGGCAAAUGCUUGGAGCUAUUUUCCACUACAAGUACCAAGCAUGGUCCGAGUUCAAGACGAAGUUCAGGAGGAGAGCUUCCACUUUUGUGGCUGACUGGACGCAGAUGGACAGAAUGCAGUCCAAGGACCGGGUUCCUGACUUGGGUGUUGAAGCGAUCGAGCCUGCUGAUUGGAAGGGCCGUUAUUGCGAGUUGCAGGACUUCAGGUUGAAGACAUUUUCAGCCCAAAUUGCAUCAGCCAAAACCCACUGGGGUUAUGAGCAUGCUUUGGAUGCUGUACGCCAUGUAUUCACUAGAAUGUUACCCACUUUUGGAAUGUUUUGAGCUGUACACACUUAUGGGAGAUGGCGGGAAAAUUACUGCCGCGGACUGCCCACAAAUCUUUUCAUACUUUCGUGGACAGCCCCUACUUUCACGGACACCACAUCAACCUUUCGCUUCUCCCGUGGACUCCGUCCCUACUUUCAUGGACAUCCGCCUUA